GCUGACGGAAGUGGCAGGGGCCUCGUUGUGUCUCCUGGCGCCUGCCCCAUCAGACAGAGCCCCAGUCCCACUCGCUGCCCUGUCGGAUGGGGAAACUGAGGCACAGAGCUGGACAGUGACUCAAACACCAGGAACCACCUGGAGUGGAUCUGAGAGCUCAGAUCUGGGCUCAGCUGGUCCAGGGUGCAAAUCUACUGUCACUUCCUGGUUGUGUGACUGGCAGGCACCAGAUAGGGACCUGCGGGGGUCUCCACAGAGGCCAUCAGGAUGUCGUAUUUUGGGGAGCAUUUUUGGGGUGAGAAAAACCAUGGCUUUGAGGUCCUGUACCACAGUGUGAAGCAGGGACCCAUCUCCACCAAGGAGCUGGCAGACUUUAUCCGGGAGAGAGCCACCAUCGAGGAGACCUACUCGAAGGCUAUGGCGAAACUUUCCAAGCUGGCCAGCAAUGGGACCCCUGUGGGGACCUUCGCCCCGCUCUGGGAGGUCUUCCGCGUAUCCUCAGACAAGCUGGCGCUCUGCCACCUGGAGCUCACCAGGAAGCUGCAAGAUCUCAUCAAAGACGUGCUCCGCUACGGGGACGAGCAGCUGAAGACCCACAAGAAGUGCAAGGAGGAAGUGAUGGGCACCUUGGACGCUGUGCAGGUACUCGCGGGCGUCAGCCAGCUCCUGCCCAAGUCCCGCGAGAACUACCUGAACCGCUGCAUGGACCAGGAGCGGCUGCGGAGAGAAAGCACCAGUCAGAAGGAAAUGGACAAGGCAGAGACCAAAACCAAGAAGGCAGCAGAGAGCCUGCGCCGUUCCGUGGAAAAGUACAACUCGGCCCGGGCCGACUUCGAGCAGAAGAUGCUAGACUCAGCCCUGCGCUUCCAAGCCAUGGAGGAGACCCACCUAAGGCACAUGAAGGCUCUGCUGGGCUCCUACGCCCACUCCAUGGAGGACACCCACGUGCAGAUUGGGCAGGUGCAUGAGGAAUUUAAGCAGAACAUCGAGAACGUCAGUGUGGAGGUGCUUCUCAGGAAGUUUGCAGAGAGCAAGGGUACAGGCCGGGAGAAGCCAGGGCCUCUGGACUUCGAAGCCUACAGCGCAGCUGCCCUGCAGGAAGCGAUGAAACGUCUGCGGGGAGCCAAGGCCUUUCGCCUGCCAGGACUAAGCCGGCGGGAGCGGGAGCUGGAGCCACGUGCAGCUGUAGACACCCUGGAGCCCGGUUCAGAGGCGUUUCCGGAGCUGGAUGAAGAAGGUUUCACUGUCCGGCCUGACGUGACGCAGAACAGCACAGCUGAGCCCUCCCGCGUCUCAUCCAGUGACUCGGACUUCGAUGAUGAGGAGCCCCGCAAGUUCCACGUGCACAUCAAGCCCGCCCCGACCUGGGCUCCAGCCUGCAGCCCUGAGGCAGCGGUGGCACAGCUCAGGGCCACAGCUGGCAGCCUCAUCCUUCCUCCUGGCCCAGGGGGCACCAUGAAACGCCAUUCUUCACGGGACACUGCUGGGAAACCACAGAGGCCUCGGUCUGCCCCUAGAGCCAGCAGCUGUGUGGAGAAGCUGCAAUCGAAUGAGCAGGUGGCCAAGAACCUCUUUGGGCCACCCCUGGAGUCGGCCUUUGACCAUGAAGAUUUUACAGGCUCCAGCAGCCUGGGCUUCACUUCCAGCCCCUCCCCUUUCUCCUCUUCAUCGCCCGAAAACGUGGAAGACUCCGGCCUGGACUCGCCGUCCCACGCGGCGCCGGGCCCCUCCCCGGAUUCCUGGGUCCCCCGUCCGGGGACCCCGCAGAGCCCGCCCAGUUGUCGGGCGCCGCCCCCUGAGUCGAGGGGGAUGCGGGUCCUGCCGCCACCGGACUCGCCCUCUCCGGGACCGUGGGGGCUGGAGGCCUUGGCAGGAGGAGACCUGACGCCUGCCUCUGCUGACCCCACAGCCCGGGAGGGCCUGGCAGCCCCACCCCGGAGACCCCGAUCCAGGAAGGUGUCCUGCAACCUGUCUCGCUCCCUGAGCCCCUCCCCACUGGGCUCUUCGGCCCCCAGCACUGUCCUGGAACGGCCCAGCUUCUCAUCCCAGACAGGACACGCACCCCCAGGAGUGUCCCGGGGCCCAAGCCCUGUGGUCCUAGGCUCCCAGGAUGCCCUGCCCGUGGCCACGGCCUUCACCGAGUACGUCCACGCCUACUUCCGUGGCCACAGCCUCAGCUGCCUGGCCCGAGUAACUGGAGAGCUGACCAUGACAUUCCCCGCGGGCAUUGUGCGUGUGUUCGGCGGUACCCCACCCCCGCCUGUCCUCAGCUUCCGGCUUGUACACGCGGCCCCCAUUGAGCACUUCCAGCCCAACGCAGAUCUGCUCUUCAGUGACCCCUCCCAGAGCGACCCCGAGACCAGAGACUUCUGGCUCAACAUGGCAGCUCUGACUGAGGCCCUGCAGCACCAGGCAGAGCAGAACCCUACAGCCUCCUACUACAACGUGGUGCUGCUGCGAUACCAGUUCUCCCGCCCAGGUCCCCAGUCCGUGCCUCUGCAGCUGAGCGCCCACUGGCAUUGUGGGGCGACCCUCACACAGGUCUCGGUGGAGUACAGCUACCGGCCUGGCGCCACGGCCGUGCCCACGCCGCUCACAAACGUCCAGGUGCUGCUGUCUGUGGCGGAGCCUGUGACCAAUGUCCGCCUGCAGCCUGCCGCCACCUGGAACCUGGAGGAGAAGCGGCUUAUGUGGAAGCUUCCAGAUGUGUCCGAGGCAGGGGGUGAGCUACUGUUCUGCAUGAGGGCUGGGCUCUGGUCGCCUAUCCGCCAGCUGGGAGCCGCUCUCGGGCCCCAGCACACCCAGCCCCGUGGCCGCACAGUUUACCAGCGAGGGGGCCACUCUGUCGGGCGUGGACCUGGAACUGGUGGGCAGCGGCUACCGCAUGUCGCUGGUGAAGAGGAGGUUCGCCACAGGGAUGUACCUGGUGAGCUGCUGAGCUCUGCGUUGUGUCCUGGUGCUGACUGGCUGUCCCCUGCCCUCCUGUUGGACGCUGGGGUCCCCUACCCCAGCCUCCCUGAGGCCCGAACUCCGUGGAAAGGAGCCCAACGCCCAGCCUGGCUGAGCCCGAGAUUCGCUCCUGCUCAUGCCAACCCCACGCAGGUCCUGGCCUUUUAAUGUUCUUUCAAUAAACACGUUAUUUUCUAAUAAAAUAAAAAUGGAAACCUU